CAGACUUACUUAUACCAUCAAAUUAUUCUUUAUGUCUUCGGACACUUACAUGUAGUUUUAUAAAACUCCGUAGAACAGUUCUGGUCUGGCAUGUAGGCGGACAGCUCUGCAGCGGGGUCCUAGGAGGAACAGGAAGAGAAAAUGACGGUUCAUAACUUGUACAUCUUUGACCGCAAUGGAAACUGUUUGUAUUAUAAUGAAUGGAACCGCAAGAAGCAGGCGGGGAUCUCCAAGGACGAGGAAUAUAAACUGAUGUAUGGGAUGCUGUUUUCCAUCCGCUCCUUCGUCAGCAAGAUGUCUCCACUGGACAUGAAGGAGGGGUUUCUGUCCUUCCAGACCAGCAGGUAUCGUCUCCAUUACUAUGAGACUCCCAGUGGACUGAAGUUCGUCAUGAACACGGAUCUGUCAGUGAGCAACGCUAGAGAGACGCUGCAGCACAUCUACAGCAACGAGCACCACGAUGAUGAUGCAGCACCUGAAACAGAAACACGUUGGAGUCUCUGAUGAGGAUGAAGGAGCUCAACAGCAGCCAACAAUGACAGGCUUCAUGAUGAGAAAGACAUCAUGUCCACUGCAGCAAGCAUCUGUCCUGACUGAGAGCAUCCUCAACAUCAUGCUCACUGGCAUGAGGCUUCUGUCGAUGGUUGAAGACGAAGGCUUCACUACAAUCAUCUUUUUUGCUCUGUCAGUCCAAAUCUUCCAUUUCUGAAUAAAGCGGCGGAAAUUACAAAUGUGUCGUUUUUUUAAUCCGAUUCAUCGAUUAAUCGAAAAAAAUAAUCAACCGAUUAAUCGAUUAUUAAAAUAAUCGUUAGUUGCAGCCCUAGCAACGUGUCUAGACUGACUGUUGACGUGUCCUGAGUGA